AUGUCGAUCGUGCGCAGUGCACCGAGCCUUCGCCUCGUGACGGACGCGACCAAGGGCCGGUCGCUCGUGAUCGCGUCGCCCGACGGUGUCCCCGCCGGCGCUGUCCUCUUUUCUGAAAAGGCGUACGCAGGCAUCGUCCUCUCCGAGUUCAAAGGCACGAUUUGCAACGUCUGCUACAAGGCGGCGGACCCGGACAUUUGCUGCGACGACUGCUCCGAAGUCACCUACUGCAGCGACGAGUGCCAAUCGCUGCUGCAGCACGUGCACGACCUCGAGUGCCCCGUCCUCGAGGACAUUGACGUCAUGGUGAAAAAGUCGGGCACGGACCGCGACCUUCUCCGACUCCUCUUGCGCAUGCUCUGCACGCGCGCGUCCGAGGCGGGUGCUACUACGAGCAGCCACGUCGUCGUCUCGACGUUUGAUCAUGUGCGCGAGAUGGUCCAUGCCACGCACCUCUUGGGCGAUGCAUGGAACGCGUCGGUUGCCUCUGGCGCCGCGAUGCUGCUGACGGCGCUACCGUCGUCCGUGACGGCGUCGCUCACUGUCCACGACGUUGUCGAGCUCGCGGGCCGCGUCAACGAAAACUCGUACUCGGUCGAUUCGUGGACGGGCCAGCCCAUGGUGACAGCAGUGUGCAUGUUUCCCCUCGCCGGCCUCGUCAACCACGCGUGCGACCCCAACUGCACGUGGUCCAACGCCGGCGACUCGACCAUUGCGGUCAAGGCCACUCGGUUCAUUCCAUGCGGCGAGGAAAUUACGCUCACGUAUAUCGACACGAACCGCAGCCGCGACGUCCGGCAGCGCGACCUCGCCGCCACCAAGCACUUUGACUGCCGCUGCGCGCGCUGCACCGAGCCGCUCGCGACGUCGGUGGACCUGCGCGUCGAUGGCGUUUGCUGUGCGUCGUGCGGCGUGGACGGGCUCUUUGUCGGGUCUUUGGACGACCAGACGACACCGUGGGCGUGCAAGGGCUGCAGCCGCCCUGUGAGUGCCGACGCGAUCGAGCAGUUCAAGGUCGAAGCCGCAUCGCUUCUGGCGCGCGCCGAUGCCGCGUACGCCAAGCGCCAGUACAAGGAGACGACCGACCUCCUCGACGACCUCCGCGACCACUACGAUGUGCACUCGACGAACGCCUCGGACCUCUUCUUGCACCCGAGCCACUACAUCCUUACCAAGGCACUCCGUGUCCUCGCCGACUGCAACACCAAGAUCGGCAACAUCGAGACGGCGUAUGCGAACCGCAAGGAGGUCAUCGCGCGCCUCACCGCCGUCGUGCCACGGUACUCGUUCUUGAUGGGCAACUGCUACUUUGAUCUUGGCGACAUUCUCACAAUCUGCCUCAAGCACGACGUGUGGAAGGACGACGUCGAGGUCGCUGCCAAGCGCGCCGAGGCUGAUGCUGCCUUUGCCACGUGCGUCGACAUCCGAACGAUCUGCUUUGUGGAGGAGCACCCGCUUGUCGUCGAAGCGCGGAAGCGCCUGGCGUAG